CCACUCGAACUGUGCUUUACCCACUUCCGCACAAUCAUGAGCAGCCAACCAUGAACAACGGCGCGCGUAUCAAGCGCCUAAGCAGGCCAGCAGCAACACGUCUGCGGUCGUCUCUCGUCAUCCCCUCGCUUCCGCAGAUCCUAACAGAGCUCGCGCAUAACGCUCUCGACGCCGGCGCGACCAGCAUUGAAUGCUGGGUCAGACUUGUCCCCGGCGACGAGAGCGUGCGCCUGGAGGACGACGGGCAUGGAAUUACGCUUGAGAACCUCGGUUUUAUCGGAGAGCAAUACAUAACUAGCAAGGAGGCGGAGGGGUGGUCUGGCAACGGCACGUACGGGUACCGCGGAGAGGCUUUGGCAUCUAUCUCAGCGCUGUCGUUGAUGGAGAUCACAUCGCGUGCGCCGGGGGCCGAGACGCACUCGAAGAUCAUCCGCAACGGCGAGACGAUAUACCUCGGCAAGGCGCGGCAUGAGCUGGGCCGCGCGAGAGGCACCACAGUCUCCGUCCGCGACCUCUUUAACGCGAUUCCCGUGCGGCGCGCAUCCCUAGCCUCAACCCCCUCGAUCAGCGCGUGCAAGCAGGCGAUGGAGGCACUCGUCCUCGUCGCGCCCAAGAUCCGCUGGGUGCUGUGGGAGGACAGGCUCGGCGGCAUGCGCAAAAUCCUGCACUGGGCUGGUGGUAAGAACAGCCUCGAGGCGUUCCGCGGGCUAUAUGGGCAUGCAGGGGUCGAGCGCGUGCAGAAGAUCCGUGUAUCGUCGGGGGACCGGCGCAUGGACGGCUUCAUCAGCCUCGAAGGCGCAUUCACCAAGUCGCACCAGCAUCUCUACAUCAAUGGCUACGCGAUCCCCGGUUCGGAACUGCACAAGCUUAUCGAGCGGCGCUUUGCCUCCAGCAGCUUCUCGGCGUUGUCGAGCAACUUGACGGAAGAGAGCGUUGCGCCGACGCAGAAACGAUCAUCACCACGACGUCUCGAACGGUUUCCCAUUUACGUGUUGAACAUCACAUUACCUUCCGCAGAUGUCGACGCUGCUUACGACGCGCGUAAGUUGACGAUCGGGUGCAAGGAGCCGGGGAAGACGCGCGCAUUUGUCAUAGCUGUCAUCGAUGAUUUUCUGCGUAAGAGCGGGUUUGGUGCGCCGAGGAGCGGGACCGACUCCCCUACGAGACAGAACUUGCCGAUGCCAAGCCCCAGCAAGCCGUUUUCUCCACGCCCUUCCGGCCUCAGCUCGACCAUCGUGCCCGACGAGGCAGAGCCGGAGACUGUUCCCAACCCUGCCAGACAGCUGUUCUUCAACAGCUAUCGCCUCGGCAGUGAGGCGCCGAGUACAUUAGCCGCCCCGUCUCCAGCCACCCCGUCUCCCAUCGCCAGUGGGAACGGGGACAACGUGCCCCCUGCUGGCAUCAGCGCGCCAUCGCCGCCAGAACUAGAGCCAUCCACCGUUGAGGAGUUGAUCAAGCAAGCUUCGGAUCAGGUCAUCUCUCGCGUGCGCAAGUUUGACGAACGACAGGACGACGAACGGACCACAUAUGCACCCUCGUGGCUGCCGCCGGUGCGCUCAGACAUGAAAUUUACACAUGCGUCGAUCGCCUCCGCCAUUGUCUUGCCCCAAGUGGACCGAAGGUUCAUCCCCUGUGUCAUGAUGGCCGAGGACACGUCUGAGGAGAAGUCUGAAGCGCUGGUCGUGAUCGACCAGCAUGCGGCUGAUGAGCGCGUCGCUGUAGAGCAAAUCCUGGACGCUCUGAACGAAGGCUUUGCGCGUAACAACAUGGCCAUCACAGAGCUUGAGGAUGGUGUCGUCCGGGUAGUCCUCUCUCGGCAGGAGGUGGCGACGCUGGAGCUACCUGGCGUCCGUGAGGUGCUCCGACGCUGGGGCAUCGGCCUAGGCGACACAGCAGCGCAAGGAGAGUAUACUCAAGUGAACGCUCUCUGUGUUCCCCAGCUUCUCGACCGCCUAGGACACAAGAAUGCGACAGAACUCACGCGCCUACUGCGCCUGUACCUUCCCGAGCUCGCCGACAGCCUCCCGGAGAUUCAAGUGCUCACCACGCUUCUGGACUGUGGCUCUCGCGACGGCUCACACGGCUGGGCGAGCGUCCAGCGCCGGAUGCCGCUCGAGAUGGCCGAGCUUGCCAACUCCAAAGCGUGCCGCGGUGCCAUCAUGUUCGGAGACCGCCUCCAAGGGGACCAGUGCGAGCGCCUUGUCGCGCAACUCGCCGUGACCCGCAACCCAUGGAUCUGUGCGCACGGCCGGCCUACCCUCGCUCCACUCGGCCUCAUUCCUCAAUAUCGACCGCCUGCUCGCCGCGCAAUCGACUGGGCAGCAUGGAAGCACAAGCACACGGAGCCGCCACUCUCGGCCCUGCGCCCCAGUUGACCUCAGCUGUAGCCAAUACAUUUAUCGAUGUUGUAAAUAUGUACAUGUACAACAG